CCGCCUCCGCCUCCGCCUCCGCUUCCGCCUCCGCCUCCGCGUCCUCCAUGCCGCUCUUCCUCCUCCUCCGCUCCCCGGCUCCCGAAUCCCGCCGCGCCCCGUAACCCGCGCAGCGCAUUCCCCUCGUCUUCGAUCACCCCCGUCCCAUCCCAUCCCAUCCCACCGUGGCUUUCGCGCACGAUGAUCGGCUCGUUAUGCGCUGGCUCCAGAACAUCUCCUUCCCCAGCUCCUCCUCCUCUGCCCCUCCCCAGCCGUCCCCUGGAUCAGCCUCCUCCUCGCCCACCAAGAAGGACCGCCGCGGCGGCGGGGGCGGGGGCGGCGGCGGGGCCGCCCGCUUCGGGCGGAGGCUCACGCGCCAGGUGAACCUGCGGUACCUGAGCGACCAGGAGAUCGACGGGGCGCUCCAGCUGCCCCCGCCGUCCCCCGACGGGAGCUCGCCGGCGGCGGCGGUGGCCCACCCCCUCCCGCUGCCGGAGCUGGCGCUGCUGCUCCGCCGGAAGGAGGGGUUCUCGGGCGCGGGCGCUGAGAGAGGAGACUGUCCACUUCCGUCGCCGGAGGAGGCCGGGGUUAGUAGAGACAGAGAAGGCGAUGCGGGCGGCGACGGACCUGGGCCUGCCGCUCGUGUUGGCUGCUCUCUUGCAUACCAGAAUGGAAAUGAGGUUGUGGAGAAUGUCGAUGCGGGGCCGUCUACAGCAGUUUGUCUAGAUGUAAGAGGUGUAGAAAGAUCUGGAGACAAUUUCAGGCUCAAUGUGCCCACUAGGAGUGUCCCCACUAGCCCUUUCAUAAGUCCUGCACUUAGCCCACAAAGAAAGUCACUUGGUGAUCUUUUACCAUACUACUUAACUCCGAGAGGAAACAAUACAUGGUCUGCGCCCGAGAUGCCAAUUGGUUCGCCUUCCCCAUCAUUCUUGGAGCACAAUGGCUCGCCCCUUCCGAGUCCGCAAACAAAAACUCCUCGUCGAAGUUCUAAAAGUUCAUGGGGAUCAGCAUCGCCAAUGCAUCACAAGUCAUCGGUUGAAAACUCUACAGCUUGGCGUGAAAGUAAUGUUCAAGCUGGUGUCCACCCUUUACCUCGUCCUCCUGGAGCAGCUUUGCCUUCCCAUUCACCUCCCAAUGCCCAAGUCACUGUAAAAGCAGAGUCCUUGCCACUAAAAAGUCAAUGGAAAAAAGGAAGACUUAUUGGACGUGGCACAUUUGGAAGUGUUUAUGUUGCUAGCAACCGAGAAACUGGGGCUCUCUGUGCGAUGAAGGAAGUUGAGUUAUUGCCUGAUGAUCCAAAAUCUGCUGAAUGCAUGAGGCAGUUAGAGCAGGAAAUUAAAGUGCUCAGCCGGCUUAAGCAUCCAAAUAUCGUGCAGUAUUAUGGCAGUGAAAUUGUUGAGGAUCGUUUUUAUAUAUAUCUUGAGUAUGUUCAUCCUGGUUCCAUCAACAAAUAUGUCCGGGAUCAUUGUGGGGCCAUAACAGAAUCUGUUGUCCGCAAUUUUACUCGCCACAUUUUGUCUGGAUUGGCUUACUUACAUAGUAAGAAGACAAUACAUAGGGACAUCAAGGGAGCUAAUUUACUUGUCGAUGCAUCUGGAAUUGUCAAACUUGCUGACUUUGGGAUGGCUAAGCACCUAACUGGACAAACAGCUGAUCUCUCUUUAAAGGGAAGUCCAUAUUGGAUGGCUCCAGAGCUCAUACAGGCUGUGAUGCAGAAAGAUAAUGGCUCCGAUCACGCUCUUGCUGUUGAUAUAUGGAGUUUGGGAUGCACUAUUGUUGAAAUGCUCACUGGGAAACCUCCUUGGAGUGGGUUUGAGGGGGCUGCAGCUAUGUUUAAAGCUAUGAAUAAUUCUCCAUCAAUACCUGAAAUAUUAUCAUCUGAGGGAAAGGAUUUCCUGCAACGCUGCUUUCGAAGGGAUCCAGCUGAAAGGCCUUCAGCAGCCAUGCUACUUGAACAUCCUUUCCUGAAAAGUUCACAGCAGAUAGAUGUCCCGUCUCAUACUCAAGUGCUGAGCAGAAAAUCGACGGAUUUAUCUCAUAGCCCACGAGACCAUGUCAAGCAUACUGUUGACAAGCUGCCCAUCUUGCCAACAGCUGCACAAAGUACAGCAUUUAAGGCGGUUAUUGACAGUGAGGGUGGCCGACAAUCUCAUGUUGAGACUUCUGACUUGACACUAGUGUCCCGUUAUUCUCCUCGUUCUAUCCUCGAGGUGCUUCCCACUUUGUCUCCUCCUCAUUCAGAUCGAACAGCAAACUAUCCCAGUCCAUCUUCUAAUCGUCUUAGCUCAGUCAAAAGCGGCGCUAAAAAGAAUCGACUUUCCAGAUGAUUUCUUUGGGGAGAGCUGCCCCAAUUUUGCUGCAGGUUCUGCUCUUAAUUAGGCUCUAAUGUACAUGGACUCUGUGCAUGCGCAAGUAGUUUGCAUGCAGCUCAAAGUGUUUGAUUUGUAGCUUCCUUGUCUCGUUUUAGAAUCAAUGACUCCUGAAGUUGUAGAUGCUUCAUUGCCUUGGAAGUUUUUGACACAUUUUAGGAGCAGAUCUUGCAUCUAUUCACUUGCAUGGGGCCAUCAGCUACAGUUAUUGAAGUUGAUCUUUUCAACUUGCACUUUCUUGAGGUACUUUCUUCACCUCAUCGUGCAACUCAUGUAGUGCGGGUGAAUCUGUAGAUAUUAGCUUUCGUGUACAAUAGUUCCUUUCAAUAGGGAUGUUAUAUCAAUUGAAACAGAGCAGCGAUUCUUUAAGAGGAA